AAAAAAAAAAACAAGCUCCAGAUGAUUGGUCCAGGAUGAUUCUUUGUCUAAGGUGUCGCGGCAUAUCGCGAUUGUGUUUUGCCCCAAAAAACUAGCACGGCACGCGCGCGUUCGCAAUUGUGUUUCCAAAUCCUGUUGCGAUCUUGUGUGCCCCAUAUGUCAUUGGGGCUUGUCUGGGCUAAUUAAGAUAGCGUCCCUCUCCGUUUCUCCCUUUAUCGCCCGGGCGCUUCAUCUCCGGUACGCAACAUCGUCGUAAACCCAGGUGGUGUGGCGUAACAGGAAUCUUACUUGACGGGGUUGUUUUUCUUGAUAAAGGCGACUGACUCGUCGGCGAUAAGAUUUGCGCGUAGAUUUGCGUACUCUAGGUGCUCUUAUUAGGUUAAACAAAAAUACUAUUAUCGGCCGCCCACUGUCAAUCGGAGGCGACGGAGCGGACGAAUGAAUUGUUUUGUUUGCUGGAUCACACCGCCCCCCCCCGCCGGACCUGCCGUGGCAUUUGCGAACUCCAUUCUUUUCACCAUAUGUGCGCUUAUCAAACUUCCAGUGGGACUUCCGAAGAUAACGCCCUUUUUAGCAAUCUCAGGUUUGAGAUGUUUUGCGAGCAGAUGAAGGAAGAAGAUCACACAGGAUCGCUUCGUUUUGAACUGAGCGUUUUUAACGGUGGACAGCAUAAUUUAAUUCGUUUUUCCACUCUUUACAUAACUGAUAGCUGGGCAGAUAACAGCCUGGUAACGGAUGCAAUUUGUUCGGUCUUUCCUCCCCCGUUUUGUUCUUAGCGCUGGAACGCCGCGACGGCCCGCUUGUUGCAUUCUACGCAUCAGCCUACUAUGUGCCUUCGCGAAGAUACUAGCAACGGUCAUUGAGUGUUCGCACAAAGCCAUCUCCGCGAUGUGAUGACACGUCGGCCCUUAUCUAGCAGGCCGCUCUGAUCACACUGUUAUUAGAUAAGGUCCUGCCGGUGGUGACGUACGGAUAACGAGGGCUCUGUUGUUGUCGCGAAUGCCUGCAAAAAUCACCCACUUCGAGCGAGGGUACGUGUAGGUGGUAGUGGUCGUAUUGUUUUAUCUGAUCAGAUCAACAAGCCCCUGGGGACGGGUGCUGGGUAUAAAACCGUGCUCCUUGGAGAUGUGAAAUCUUUGACUUGAUAGUUCUCGACCGAGCCUAUACGAGAUACAUUGCCGUGUCGUCUACCGCGAACAAAUCUCUGGCCACACAAACGCCCACCCACACGAGAGGCUCGUUACAAGAAAGUGAAUCGAAACCUGUCGCACCGAGCACUAGCAGCAAAAGAAACUUUCCAUUUCUACGGUGUCAACGGUGUUCUAGUCGAUCUCCUUCUGGUUCCUGCGAUGGAUCUCUUCCUGUUGUGAUUGUUGCUGACUGUUGUGUGUCAAUGUUUUCGAAACCGAACCACAACCUUAUUUCCACGGAGUUGGUCGUCGUGUUGCGAAAGAGUCGAAAGUUACGAGCAGAUCCUUAAAAGUACCGCCUAGUAGCACUUUACCACCUUACCACACAAAAAAAAAACACCGGAAGUAUUCACUCUCUGAUGGCUAAGAGCAACCACAAUCAAUUAGGAUGCUACGUCAUGAUCGCACUUUUCGUGGCCGGAAAGGUGCAGUGCCUACCGGACCGAGCGGAACCAGCGGGACAGCUGACGACGGUCCCGGAGCGGGUCGAUGGAUCGACGGAAUCCACUACAGACGACGUUGCUGCCACGGUCACCGAAGACGAUCUCUACUUAGUAGAUACCACCACCACCACGCAGCAGAGCAUCAAAACGACGACACAUGAUCGGGUCCUGUUUACCGAUACGCCUGUCAUGGACGCUAUUACGAUCGUAUGGUACCUGGCCACCUUUAUCGCACUGAUAUCGUUCUUCCUGGUGAUGGCCUGUGCCGAUCACAACCGCUGCCGGUCGCGCAAACCAUCGUCCAGCGAGCUGACUCCACCGCCGACACCGGCCCCCUCCUACCAUCACUUUGCACCGCCCAGCUACGAUUCGCUCGUGUUCGAGAAGGAUAACGACAGCAUAUUCAUCAUCCCGUACGAUACUCGCAUCGAUGGUGCCCAUCACGCACGGAGCGUUGACGAUCUGGCCAGCAAUCUGGAGUACAUCAUCGAAACACCGACGACGACGACGGUACGGCAAGCACGAUCGCCCAGCCUGCGGUCAGUGCGUGUUAGUGAUAUUAGCGAAGGAAGUGACGCAGUGCCGGCGGUGAUUGCAGUAUCCAGCACGCCCGCAGUUCAAGAGCAUGACGCUACCGACCGGUGCUACGUCACCGUGCUGUGAAGGUCGUGCGCCAAUCGACAAACGGGCUCUAAAGUGGACAAAUAUCGUGGCUGGUUGAUUGGUUCAAGUGUGUGCAGCAGGGUGUGCCGAUUGAUUCGAGCCCCAAUCGGUUACUACGUAAUGCCUGACGCAAUGAUUCAGUACAAUGAUGAUAGGCUUGUUUGCCCAACGUGGGGAAAUAUGGUGCAGUGAUAGAGGAAAAGGAGUGUAAUCGGCAGCUCGUAAGCUUCCGGGUCACUGCAGGAAGGCUUGCGGUUUACACGCGGUGCUACUGUUGCUGCCCAUGACAAUAUCGAGCCCUUAUAUCGAGAUACACUAUACAGUAAGGUAGUGUAAGCGCGAAUCAACUCGAUCGAUAGUUAUUAACGGCAACGGGCUUUAGUGAUAAAUUGUUAUCAAACGUGAUGGUUCGCGAGUGCAGUGAGGGUUCUCAGAAUCUAUGAAUUUGUAAAUAUUUACUAGCUUUGUAAGGUAAUGUUUAUGGACGUUUGAAAUAUAUAGAAUAUGUACUUUUUUAAAAACGAA